AUGGCUUUGGAGCAAAAGGGCGGUGUCAUUGUCGAUUUUGACGGAAAAUCAAUUAAAGUCGAUACCAAAGAAGACGCGCAAAACAUCUUGGAAGCUCUUAGAAACAGUCCAUGUAUGACUGCUCUUCGAUUGUCAGGUAACACCAUUGGCGUGAAUGGGGCAUGCUCAAUCGGUUCCGAGUUGUCAAGUCACAAAGACUUAAGAAGAUGUCUGUUCAGCGAUAUGUUUACAGGUAUGGUUGGAAGUAAUGUUACUAUUGUAGGUCGUAUGGCUGAUGAAAUCGCUCCCGCUCUGAAGCAAAUUUCAGUUGGCAUAAUGUCAUCUGGUGCUCGACUUACUGAACUCGAUUUAAGUGAUAAUGCAUUUGGUCCGCGAGGUGUUGUAGGCGUAACUGAUCUCCUGAGCAGUCCAGCGUGUUUUACGUUAAAGGCAAGGGUGUACUGGGCUUUGCGCAUGAACAACCAAGGCCUUGGGCACCAGGGCGCUAAAUAUUUGGCUGAGGCUUUAUCUAAAGGCAUAAGGGAAAGCAAUGGAAAAGGACUUAAACUAAUAUAUUUUUCAGCUGGACGCAAUCGUCUUGAAAAUGUUGGAGCGUGCUUGUUGGCUGAUGUCUUCUCUCAAAUGCAAUCGCUGAAAGAACUCCAUCUGUAUCAAAAUGGUAUCGGAAUUCACGGGUCAGAUGGGAUCAAAGCUCUGUCCUCCGCGAUUUCAAAGAAUACUCAGAUGCGUGUGCUAAAUUUAUCUGAUAAUUCACUAAAGGAAGAGGGAGGUAUUGAAAUAGCUAGGAUCUUAAAAUCUAUACCUCAACUCAAGGAGCUUAUUCUUGAUGAUUGUCUCAUACGCUCUCGGGGUUGUCGUGUUUUGGCAUGUUAUCUCGAACGUGAAGAUGUGGUACCAGACCUGUGUCGUCUGAGUCUUUACGGCAACGAGAUCAAACGAGAUGCUGCAGUGUUCUUGGCCUUCAGCCUGGCCAAUAAAUCCAAACUAACUCACCUCUCAUUAAAUGCCAACGAAUUCGGUCCCACUGGUGUCGAGAAUGUCCUGCAAGUCCUCACUACCGCGAAUCUUCUACAUGCAAUUGCGGCUGAUGUUCCGUCGAUAAGUGAAGAAGAAGAGGGGGAUGAAGACGAGGAUAUCUAUCACCGUGCCUUCAAUGAGGACAUGGGCAGUGACAACGGGGAUGAUGUAGCCGGGGAGGAGUAUGAGCUGGAAUCGGAUAGUGAUGACGGAAGUCAAGAGAGCUACAAUGAUAAGGGAGAGGAUGGCAACGAAGAGGAAGAGGAGGAGGGGGACGAUGGGCGGGAAAGCUCUUUUGCUGUCAUGAAGGACAGUUUUGAGAAACCAAGUAAACCAUCAGGUAAUGAAUCGGUCAACCAAUCUGGCACUAGUGCUGCUGGUGGUUUUAGUUUCCUGUCCUGUCUUUCAAGUCUGCAGAAGGAAAACCAGCUCAGAGUGAAUCUGUUCGCUGGAUUAGAUAUGACAGGUUCAACUUCAUCGGGUGGCUUAUUUGGCAACAAAUCAUCUCUACCUAUUUCCGGCAAACUCUUCGCCCCUCCAAAAUUAGGCGCCUCGACGUCGCCUGCGUCCACUAGCUUUGGAUACUCCGGGCUCUUUUCCACACCGACGCUGUCACGACUCCAACCUUUCGAUGAAAAAUCCAUUUUGGAAUCACUAAAGGCGGCUUUCCUUGACACGGAGAAUGAUAAUCAACUUAUGCCUUUGAUUGACAAGUUGGUUAAGCAGUCGUCCCCACCCAAUUUGAGACUAAACUUUGAGGAGAUCUCGUCAGCCUCACCAGAGUCCGUUGUGCGAUUGGCCUUCCGGAUUUGCCAGAAGUCCUCCCUGCCCGCAUUGCGAAAUCUGGCCUGCGACCUUCUUCUAGCUGCACUGACCCGGAAAAGUGACAAAGUCUCCAACUCUAUUGUUCUUCCUUCGGCGAGAGCCGUAAACCAUAUACUCUUGCAUUUGGGCGCUAUUAAGCCCGACCGAAGCGACUCGGUAGAGCGGAAAGUCCACACGGAGGCCAGUGAUUCUCAGAAUUUGGCCACCGUCGUUGACCUAGUGGCGUCUCUGCUCAAACGCCACGGAGAUCAAUUGGGUGUCCAUAUAAGAAAACCCCUGGCUCUGCUCAUCUCACAGCAUCGAAAGCAGAACAGCGCGUUAGAGUCACUUUUAGACGCCUUGGGGGAGAAAAUGUCCUCCCUUUCCUUGUCAAAACGCCUCUUCGCCACCAUCCAGAGGAAAACUGCGCCGACCCCCCCUGAUACGCCCGACCUCAAAGCGCUCUCGCGUAAUGUCUUCUCUCCUCAAAGUCCUCUUCCCGUACCGGUUUCCCAGGUAGGUGUGCCCACUGUUGAAAGUGUGAAAAUUUUACCCGGAUUCCUCUGUCUCUAUGACCGGAGGAGUCGUAUUCCCCGGUGGACGUUGGAACACCUCACCAAAGAAAAUCUUAACGGUGAUGCAAAGGAUCUCGUGGACAGAAAGGAAUUUGCUUUCGUGGAGGACUUGGGUGAACCGCUGGAGUUUCGAAGCACCAACUUAGACUAUGCUAAAAGUGGGUUGGAUCGGGGCCAUAUGGCUGCCGCGGGAAAUAACAAUUACAAUGCCGAGUCCAUGAAGAAAACAUUUAUUCUCAGCAACAUUGCGCCACAGGUUGGCUAUGGUUUCAACCGUGGAAUAUGGAAUGACCUGGAGAAGUACGUUCGAGGAAUAGCAAGGCGAUCGGCAAACGUUGUAGUUGUUACGGGCCCACUGUUUCUACCGAGCUCGACCCUCUCUCAACGAGGUCAUCGACAGGUCAUCUAUGAGGUGAUUGGUCCGAAUAGUGUUGCUGUUCCGACUCAUUUCUUCAAGGCGGUCGCGGUACAGGGCACACCGCAGGGCCCCUGGAGGACCCAUGCCUGGGUGAUUCCUAAUCGAGAAAUUACAGAAGGCACACAUGUUAAUACAUUCGCCGUGCCUCUAAAAGAUGUUGAACGAGCUGCUGGCUCCGCGGUUUGGUUAGGCAAGCAAUUGAGGUUCUCCUAUCGCACCUUUUCUCCGCGGUAUGGCGUCUGGGCCACGCCAAUUGCCUCUCUAACCCAUAUACGUCAGCAGUGCAUGUUUGGCCACUGUUGUAUGACACCUUACGGCUUGAGAGAAUGCUCGAGGCGCCGCAUUCUUGACUCUAAACAUCAAAUCGCGAUCUUCAUUUCCUAUUUGUAG